AUGACGACAUUAAUUUUUAAUACGAUUUUAUGCACUCUCGUGUUUCAGCUGGACGGUCGAAUGUUGGCGGGUCAAAUGAAACGUGUCAGCGGCGGGGUCGGUAGAAACAUAGCCGACGCUUUGGGCCGGUUCGGACACGAAGUCCGUUUCUUGACCGCUGUAGGGGACGAUUCCGACGGCCGCUCGAUAAUCCAAUCGCUCGGGCACAUCAACACCGACGACAUCUCUGUGGUCAGCGAUCAGUCGACGUCUUGGUGCGUGGUGUUCCAGAACCGGCAAGGCGACUGCAUGGCGUGCAUCGGCGACAUGGAAUGCCACAAGCGAAUAACUAUUGACAUGAUCAAGAAAAAUAUUGACGCUUUGUACCAGAGUCCGCUCGUGGUUAUCGAUGGAAAUGUUUGUCCGGAGACAAUGGAAUUUGUAAUUGGAUUUUGUAACGAGGAAAACAUACCAGUAUACUUUGAAACAACUGACAUUGCUGUGGCUUCCCAACCAUUUCAUUCGGACAUGUGGAAAGGGCUUUCCUUUAUGUCUCCAAACUUGAAGGAGUUACAAGAAAUUUCAAAAAAACUUACAGCUGAAGUGCCUGUAAAUUACGCCAUUAAAGUUUCCAUUAACGGCGGCGACGAAUUCGACACACGAGAUCGCAUAAUGAAUAGUUCAAAAGACAUCGUUUGUAAGCUAAUAUCUCACAUUCCCGUCAUUAUGGUAACGCUUGGCGACAAAGGGCUGUUGUUGGCUUCGAGACAAUCCGAUGACACGGUUUCGUUAGUACACUAUCCAUCGCAAAAAAUAGAGACUCCCGUCAGUGUUUCUGGAGCCGGUGAUUGGUAUGUACCUUAUUAUUUUGUUAUUUGUUCAGGUAUGCUCAUUCCCAUAUAG